GACAAUAAAAAUCAAUGUUUGUUAUUACUACAAAGCUAAAAAGCGCAACAACAAUACAAUCGAAACGAAACCGCAACAGGUCUCUCUUCUGACUUUGGUUUCUCUCUCUAUCUCCCACAAAGUACUUUCGAAGAUUUUCAUGUCCAUCUUGCCCAACAAUACUCAAGGUUCUACGUCGUCGUUUUCCUCCUCUUCAAUCUCUCCUAACCCUAAUUCCCAACAUGGAAAUCCAACACCAACGCACUUAUUUCAAUCUCAAUCUCAAUCUCAAUCUCAAUCUCCAUCCGCUCUUUCCCGCCAAUUUGGAUCGCUCCAGAUCUCCGACUCUCUCUCUCCAAUCCCUAUGUCCUCCCUUAAUUCAGGGCCGUUGGUUUCAGCUGCAGAGGCUUCUGGUGGAUCUUCCAAAAAGGUGACUGAAUUAGGGACACCAAAUGGUAAGACAAGUUUUUCUCAUCAAAAUAGUGACACAAAUUCCCCGUAUCACUCAGGUGGACGAGAGGUUGGAUCCUCUCAGUCCAGAGGGAAGAUGUCAGGAAACAUCGGUUCUCCUCGCAACCAGCAGAAUACUGGGUCUUCAAACUCUCAUGGAAGCACAGUGCAUUUAUCGGGUAGAAAAGCCCAGUUGAUGAAUGGUAACCACUUGCUGAAUUUUCAUUAUGACCCCAUUUCUCGUCCUCAACAUCAACCAAGGGCUCCUCCGCCAAGAAGGCAGCAGAAGACAAGGCCAUACAACAAAGAUCUAUUUCUUCAGGCAAAUUACAAAUUCGUGGUGUUAGAUUCUGGAAAUUAUACACCUGAAUCGAUGGAUCCAGAUAAAAUGUUGAGGUGGGAGGAUAUAAUAUGUGUAAGGUAUUUGACCCCAUUUCUGGUACAGUGUCCAAUUUGUUUGGAGUCUCCUCUAUGUCCACAAAUUACCUCAUGUGGGCACAUCUUUUGUUUCCCAUGUAUUUUACAGUACUUGUUAAUGGGUGAGGAGGAUAAUAAAGGUAACAGCUGGAAAAGAUGUCCAUUAUGUUUUGUGAUGAUAUCACCAAAGGAUUUAUACACCAUCUACAUUGAAAAUGUCAAGCAAUCUUGUGUGGGUGAUACAGUAGAGUUCAUGCUUUUGACUCGACAGAAGGAUUCAUUUACUCCAUCACAUAAAAGUGAGCAAGAGACGGAUGAAAUCUAUGAUCCCUUUUCUAAGUUUACAUUUACUUCAGAUGUGGAUCUCUCAGUCAGAAAAGCAAUAUCUGAUCUGGAUAGUUGGUUAGUUAGAGCAGAUUCGGGGCUUGUUGAUGACUUAGAGAAGCUUCCAUAUGUGUGUGCUGCAAUGGAGCAAUUAGAACAGAGGAAGAAGUAUUGGAAUGACCUACGGGCUUGUGACAGCAAUAAAUCAUUUAAAAUUACCGAUCAUGAAGCAUGUGGUUGCAGUGAAACUGUGUCUGCUGAUGUAAAUGACCAAAUCAAGUGGUCAGAUAAUUUGAUACUAGAAAAGUCAAAUGGAGGGGCUUGGUUUGAUCAAACUACGGUUGAGAAUGAAUUGUUGGAAGGGAAAGACACACUUCUAUCUUCCUCAUAUGAGGAAAGGCACUCAAAUGACUCUGGAGAUGGAAAGGACAAGAACUCGUACAAUUUCUACCAGGCAUCUGAUGGUCAGCACCUCAUUCUUCAUCCACUAAACAUGAAGUGUCUUCUACACCAUUACGGGAGUUAUGAUAUGCUUCCACACAGAAUAAGUGGAAGGAUUUUACAAUUGGAGACAGUCACCCAGUCUGAGGCUAUAAGGAGGCGCUAUCGUUACUUAAGCCAUUUUUCUCUAACAACAACAUUUCAGUUUUGUGAAAUUGAUCUGAGUGAGAUACUACCUCCUGAUGCCCUAUAUCCAUUCUUGGAUGAAAUAAAGAAGCGUGAAAAGCAGAGGAAACAACUUGUCAAGAAGGAGCGGAGGGAGAAAAUUAAGGCUGAAGCUGCUACUGCAUAUACUGUGCCUGAAAUAUACAGUUUUGGACAGUCCAUUCAUGUUGACUCCCCUACGUUUUCCAUGAAUGACUUUGAAGCUUUGGGAAGUUCUCCUGUGACAUCAUCAAGCCCUCCAACUGUCGGGGAAAGGAAACUAUUUUCGAAUGUUACUAGGCUUGGUUUUGCUGCUGCGCAUGAUUCUCCAGCUCUGAAAAUACAAGAACCCAAUUCUCUGCCUGACAAAGGAGUGACAAGCAAUCCUUCUGGUAUAGAUGGUUCAAAGAGUGCAGGCACACCCUCUUUUGUCAAUAUAAUAUCGAGAGGAAAGUCUGCUGAAACUUUGGAUGGGCCCAAGAUGACUGAAUUGGGGAAGAAAGGAAAGAAACCAAGUCGAGUACUUUUGUCAACCGCUGGUGGUCGUCGAUAUUGAUUGCUUUGGUGCUAACUAUGAAACCUUUAAUGUAAAUGCAUGGUUUUAUUUUAAUUGGAGUAUAAUUUAGUACCUUGUAAAUUCCAGCACUUACAAUAAUGUUAUUGUAAUUGGGAUUAUUAUAAAUGUUCUCUGCAAUGCAAUAUAAUCGUGGAAAAAUAAAUUAAGCGACUUA